CGUGCCAGCACACAUACCUGUCUGGACUACUCAACACCUGGGCAACGAUCUCUUGACACAAAGUGUAAAACACGCAAACGUCGGAAUAUCUGAAUAUCACUCAGACUUUGACCAAACCUCCAAAGUUGAUAUAAUCUCCACCACGAGUGUGCCCGCACAUCGCCACGUCAUAGCGAACUCGCCUCACUCGCCAUCAUGUCGGGAGACGGGUCGAUCUUGAAGGCGACCAAGGAUUUCACCAAGGAGGUGGACUCUGCCAUUCCAGAGGCUGAAAAGCUCGCACAGGAUGGUCAAACGCAAAAUGCAAUCGACAAGCUCUUGGGCCUCGAGAAACAAACCCGACAAGCCUCCGACCUACCCUCCACAUCACGUCUGUUGAUUUCGAUCGUCACAAUAGCAAAGGAUGCUAAAGAUUGGAGUUUGCUCAAUGAGCAGGUGCAAUUGCUCAGCAAGAAGCAUGGACAGCUCAAGCAGGCCAUCACGAAGAUGGUACAGGUGGUGAUGGGAUUCCUAGACGACACGCCAUCCUUGGAGACGAAGCUGAAUACAAUCGAGACCUUGAGGACAGUCACAGAAGGAAAGAUCUUCGUCGAAGUUGAGCGAGCACGCGUCACGAAGAUUCUUUCGGAUAUCAAGCGGGAAAAGGGCGAUGUGAAGGCGGCGAAGGACAUUCUGUGCGAGCUUCAGGUCGAGACCUUCGGAUCGAUGAGCCGAAGAGAAAAGACCGAAUUCAUUCUGCAGCAGGUUUCAUUAUGUAUUGAGGAUGGUGACUGGACCCAGGCCGGAAUUCUAUCGCGCAAGAUCAGCACACGGUACUUCAACCGAAAGCCAAAGAAGACUGCGGAGGAGAUCGAGAAGGAGCGGAAAGAAAAGGAGGAGCGGGACCGUAUGCGAUCAGAUGGCACGAUUGGUGACGAUGAACCCGUGGACGACGAUGUGACGGACCUCAAGCUUCGAUACUACGAACAGCAGAUCACGCUCGCAAAGCAUGACGACAAGUACCUCGAAGCAUGCAAGCACUACCGCCAAGUCCUGGACACAGAGGCUGUUGAGGAGGACCCAAGCAAGCUACAAGCUGCGCUACGACGCGUGGUUUACUUCAUACUGCUUGCACCCUACGACAACGAGCAAUCGGAUCUUCUCCACCGUGUCGCUCAAGACACCCGUCUGAGCACAUCCUGCGCAGUGGAAGCCGACCUCCUUAAGCGCUUUACCGUUCCCGAGCUCAUGCGCUGGCCCUUCAUCGAGAAGCAAUUUGGCUCACACCUCUGCAACACCGACAUUUUCUCCAACAUCAAACCCACCGAUGCUAAAGCCACCGAUGAUGCCAAGAAAGCCCACCAGCGAUGGCUCGACUUCCGCAAGCGUGUCAUCGAGCACAAUGUCCGCGUCAUCGCCAAGUACUACACACGCAUCCAAUUCGCCCGACUCACCACCCUCCUCGACUUGCCCGCCGCCGAGACGGAAAAGUACAUCUCGGAUCUCGUCACCAGCAAGACCAUCUACGCGCGCAUCGACCGGCCUGCGCAGGUCGUCAGCUUCGAGAAGAAGCGUGACGCCGAUGAAGUCCUCAACGAGUGGAGUGGAAACAUGAAAUCGCUCCUGGGCCUGCUCGAGCGCAUCGAUCACCUGAUCACCAAGGAGCAGAUGAUGGCGCGAAUCCAGCCUGUCACGACUAAUGAGAAGGUCGCCUCCUCGAAGGCAGGAAUCAAGGCUUAGAGACAUUAAAUCGGAUCUCUACGACGACAACGGCAGUGGCGAUGAUUAUAAUGAUCAGAAUUUGGGUGGUGAAAGCGGGCGCGGCAUCAUGGUUUUGCUUGUGCAUGCCGUCCCGAACGUGUGCCCUUCAAAAACGAAUCACGGGAAGCCGCCGUAUGAUGUAACUCCACAGAAAUGAAAAAUGUCACGAGCCGCAGCUCGUUAUUAGAAGCUGUCACCACACACUUUUUCCCCUUGUGCAAUUUCCUGAUAUAUUAUGAUCGCAAGCCGACUUUCUUCACGAGCAUGGCAAAGGAGGUAAAACCUGCUUCCUGUUAUUUUCUUUUUACAACAUUGCUCCUCAAUGCAGGAUUUCGAUCUAGGUUCACUUGUCAGAUAGGGGUCAUUUCGGUCCGAAGAGUAUUCCACGAUCUCACUGGG